AUUUUUGUGUUGGUUUUUAUUAUUGUGCCGUUUUAAAUUAUUAUGGAUUUUUUUAUUUAUCAUUAGUUGUUUGUCAACAUUUAUCAUGAUUGUGUAUAAAAAUGAUACAGAGGAGCUCAAAAAAAUUAUUAUUCAUGGAGAAAAAUCUACUGAUGACUCUAGUUCAAUAACAACUUGUCAAAGUGGCCAGAGUUUUCAAAGUCGAUUGAAACAUCUUUUUGAAGAUUUACAUGUUAAAGAAACCGAUUUAAAAAAAUCACACAGCCAAAUGCAGUGUGCUGAAAAAUUGCUAAAUUUUAUUGAACUCAACAAGACAAAUAAUGUUGAUAGAUAUAAAAAUUUAUUAGCAGGAUUGAGAAAUGAUUUUGAAAAAACAGAAAAUGAAGUGAAAUUUUUACAAAAUGAAAUAACAAAUCUAUCAAGACGUCGUGAAAUUUUAAAAAAUGAUAUCAUUUGA